AUGGAAAAAGCGCACAAAGGUCUGGAGCAGGUGAAUUCUGCAACACAAACUGGAGAGAGAAUAAAUUGAGGAAGUAGGACAGUUGAAAAAGGAGGAUGCAAAGGAUGACCUUGCGCUACUGAUGGCUGAAAUAGACAAACAGAGAAAGGAGCUAGAAAACAACAUGGUGGAAAUAGAGAGAUAAGAAGGAGCUGCAACAGAUCAGAGCUGAGAUACAGACAGACAAAAAAGAACUGGUGGAGACUGAGAUGCAGAGACAGAUCAAAGAUUCCACUCAACUUAGAGAAGAAACUGAGAACAACCUCAGACAGAAGACAAUGACAAUGUAAGUUGAGCUGGAUCUGACAACAGAUGAAAGGCUUCCAAAGAGAGAUCAUUUGGAGAAAAUCGGUCAAGAGGCUCGGACGGAAAGUGAGGAGAUUGAGGAGAUUAAGUGCAGGUUUCAUGAAAUUAAAGAACAUCUAGAGGAAAGACUAGUGGUGAUUCAGAGACAUGAGUUGGUACAGAGAACAAGAAUACAAAGAGAGAAUGAAGAGUUAAAGAAGAUGACGGCGGAGUUGGAGAGAGGCAGCCAAACUCUGCAAAGAGAGUGGGACAGAGGUAGGAGGAAACUUCAGGACAAGGACCAGGAGCUUGAGAUGCGAAAAGUGGAGAUGUUCAGAGAGAUUGAGAGACUUCAGGUUAAUAUAGACAAAGAGACGGAAACACUCAAGACAAGUGACAAACGUAUCCAAACCUCAGACGUGGUAUUAACCAUAGAGGAAGAGAGACUGUGGUUGAUAGAGGAGCACACAGUGAUAGAGGAUGCUCCGAUGAGCGUAGUAGGAGCAGAAGCUGCUCCACCUGGAUUCAGCAGAGCGCUACGGUGGUAUGUCAUAUAUCUUGUUCUGUUCGUUUAG